UUCUUUUCACGGAGCACUGUCAAACGCAAUUUUUAGCUGAGGAACGAACAAAAACAAUCUUCAUUUAUUAUGGACUAAAAAGUGAAAAUUUAACGAGAAAUCGCGGAAAACAGAACAAAUCGUUUGCAAACUUGAUUGCGUACACUUUCGCGGUUUUGGCAAAGCAAGUGAAAGUGGAAAUCAAUACGACAACCGCCGGAAUUAAUAUUCUGCAAAGUGCUCAAUUUGUGCUCAUCAUCCGAAAAUAGUAACAGGAGAAAAAAAAAUCAACAUGUCUGUGCUUUGAUGUGAUUGUGUAGUUAUUUGAAAUCGGGGAAAAAUUAUUUUAUUUCUACUGAUCGACGUAAUUCCGUCCGGAUUGUUUGCCUGAAUCCGUUAACUUGGAUUGCCAGACUCGUCGGCAGUGUGCUUUGGUUCCGAUUUGGAGUUGAGAAGAACUUUCCCAAACAGAAGGGAAAGAAUUCGUCGACAGACGACUCCCCGCCACAAAAAUGAACUCUGCCGGAGGCUUUCGUGGGCCCAGCGGUGCCGGGAGUGGCCGGCAGGAGCCUAGCAAACGUUUCUCGAUCCACGAUGCUUUCGAGGAGGAAACGGACGAGGUCAUCAAAGUGUACGGCUCCACUGUGAUAUCGACGCCCAUGCGGGCCAAGGCCAGAUCUCCGGAUGAUGUGUCCAUUCGGGUGCACCACGAUCAAAGGACGCUAAAGUACACCGAUGAUACCACCUCCAGGGACAGUGACUCGCUAAUACAAGAGUACGGCAACCUGUCGUCCAGCGAUACCUACACCUACUGCUGGCGUCACCCGAAGGUUCGGGAAAACUGGCGGACCGUCCUGGCGGCGGCCACCCUUCUAGUCAUCGGAACCGGCCUCAUAGCGAUGGGAGCGUACGCCAUCGCCGAACCCCACAACGGAUCCCAGGCGGCGGUGUUCUUCGUGGCCGGAUUCAUCUGUUUCGUGCCCGGAGCCUACCACGUGGUGUACAUCUGGCUGGCUGCCCGGGGCUACCGGGGAUUCGAUUUCUACCAUUUGCCUUUGUUCACGUAAGGACGCGCUUUUAACGGAUAGGAAAAAAUGCGCUCGAAAUUACACACAUUAUAGGGACAAGUUUGCUCAUGUUUCCUUCCCUGGGGAGAAGGAUCAGUAGGAGGGCUUGAAACGAGAUACUAGAUAGAACCCGACGGUAGGUAACUCGACGUGACGAGAUGUGAUUAAAUUGUAAGUCGUUUAGGUACCUUUUUAUUUUUCUAAUAAUUUAAUACACCGUAAGAACUACGCUGCUAUAUACACACACUGUCCUUUGUAAAGAAGUCACUUUUAUAACAAAACA